AUGUCUGAUUUUGUUCCAACAGAGAAUGACCUUAUCGUGAAUCCUAUAACCGGUAAGAUGUCUAUUGGCAAGAAUGUUGAUAGCUACGAAGAAUUUAUCAACUCGAGUAAAGGCAAAUCAGUUUAUACGAAGAAUGAUGAGUUUUAUAAUAGACUUAAUUCGUACUCAAAGGAAGCCAAACGCAGUGGGAGAAAUGUUCAUUGUUUCUCCCAAACUCCUGAGAAUAGUAAAGGAGGCUUCCUCCAGGGAAGGGAGAUAGAAGGAAUUCAGGGGAAGAAGAAAAUUUUCCUUGGUGGACGAAUGAUUGAAAAUAAUUUCAAUUUUCAUCCUGAACAAGAGAGUGAGAAAAUGGCUUGUUUUAAGACAAUGGGGCAGUAUGAGAGUUCUGAGAAGAAUGGGGGAAGUAAUAAUUUUCAAAAGUUGAUGAAGAGACUAAAGGCAACCGACCAGAACAAGUCUCAUUUUCGUGUACAGAAAGAUGAAUUCGUUAGUGGACAAGGAUGUUUGAAAAAUAAUGAUAUCAAAGGAUCAUCUCCUUCUAAAUUCAAUAGAGGAAGAAAAUUAUUUGUUGAUAGAAAUUCUAUUAAGACUGUUCUUGGUAAAUCACCUGGAAAAUAUCAUGGGUUUGCACAAGACUAUACUCACGGCGGGACAUACUCACCUGAGGACAGCUCUAACAUAAUCAUAUCAGAUCUAAACUCUUACUCUAAAAACAAGAUUACUAACUUAAACUACAAGUCAAACAAAGGAGCAGGGGAGAGGCUUCCUAACAUUCUCAACCGAAGCAAUCUUAGCUCAGAAUAUUUGCUAAACAAAAGUCUGAACAAAGGGUCAUUUGUACAAGGAAAUGACGUAUAUUCUAACGCUAGUGAAUCUAAACGGAACCAUCCCAGUUUAAGUAUUAAGGAUGAUAUGUUGGCUUAUGGAAGAGAGCAGAGAGACCAUAAUAUCUGUAAAAGUUUAGCGACAAAUGACAGAUGCGGGUCGAUCAAUAAUAUGCAAGCAAAUAAUUUAGCAAGAUCACCUGAGAGAGGCAAUUUUUCACAAGAUAAGCUCAAAGGUUGGUAUUGGAUCCAAUUAUAG